CGUCAGGGCGACGGCGUAUAUAUAAGAGCGGCGAGCGGAGGGACUCGCCCUUUUUCCUCUCCGCUCCGCACGGCUACUGUUGUUGCUGCUAGUCGCCAUCCGCUUCAAAAUGAAGAUUUACAAGUGCAUCAUCUCCGGCGACGAGAUGUUCUCCGAUAUCUACAAGAUCAAGGAAGGAGCCAAGGGCAUCACCUACGAGGUGGAGGGGAAGGUUAUUUCCAGAACUGAAGGAUCGAUUGAUGACUCUUUAAUUGGUGGCAAUGCUUCCCAAGAAUGUCCUGGUGAACAGGCUGAGUCUUCGACUGUCAGUGGUAUUGACAUUGUAUUGAAUCACAACCUGAAAGAAGUUAGCUUUGCAAAAUCCGCCUACAGAGCUUACAUAAAGGAUUAUAUGAAAUAUCUGAAAAAAAGAAUAGAGGAGCGAAAUCCAGAAGGAGUGAAGACUUUCACAGACAGUGCCCAGGCAGUUAUUACAGAGAUUCUAUCCAAUUUUGUAAACUAUCAGUUUUUCUUAGGCGAGAGUAUGAACCAUGAUGGCAUUGUUGGAUUGUUAAACUAUCGUGAAGAUGGUAUUACUCCAUACAUGGUUUUCUUCAAGGAUGGUUUGGAAAUUGAAAAAUGCUAAAUCUGCUGCCUGCAGUUCAUCAUGUUGAAUUCAUCGAUCUUAAAGGCCUGCUGCUCACCAUUUUACCUGCAAUAAAGUUGGACUGGUAUCAUUGAGCUGAUUCAUAAUCAGAAAUGGAAGCAUUGUUUUAACAUUUAAGUUGUAAUAAAGUGCAUUAAUCCCCUAAA